CGCCCGGGGUUGUGCAUGUUCAUGGUAAUGGGAAGGUGUUGUGUGAAAGCGAAAGAAUGCAUCGUGAUCCUCGAUAGCUGAACAGAGCAACCCUGCGUUGACGAGACCGCGGCCGAGCUCGUUGGAGUGGCAACAAAAAGGUCUAGACCCUCAAUUUCCUAAAGCAGAAUCCUUUGGCCAAUCAACGACUCUCUUGGACAAUUCUUGGGGGCAACGAAUCAUGUUGCAGCAGCCCAAGCAAGCUUAACUCCGCUUACAAAAAUCUAGAAAAAAUUUGUACAGCCGAGGUUAUGCUACAGGGGAGUUGGGUGACCAGCACCGCCAGUAACCUGGCACAGAAGGACGGUCGGAUUCGGCGAUAGGAACACCGAUCAUAGUGAUUCAAAGCGAACAAACGGGCUGUAUCAUUCCAAGUACGAGGUCUUGAUGACGGUACAUGAACAGAUCGGGACGGGUGCCGCUGGGGCAGCUGCUAUCGAGCGCUUGAUCUGCGAGUGACCUCUGUGACUUGACGCGUUGAACGUGACGUUUACGAUACCACCUACAAAUGAACUGGAACCCUGUACACUGCAUGCUUCUGCUUCUAAUGUCUCCUGAAAUCGAGAUUCAUCCCUCUCCAUGAAGUCGCGGUCCCGUCGUGACACGAUGUCCACAGCCAUUCAAUUCGAGUCAAUCCCACCAGAACCCUCCCUCGAGCACCCAAAAUCAUGUUUGUCGCCCGUAACACGAUGCUUGUCGCGCUAUAAAUGCUGUGGUGGUGCUUCCAGUUCUGAUAUCGUCUCUCUGAGUCGAAGACCACCACCAUGCGCCGUUUCUCAACCCUCAUCAAAUCUCCCUCUGCGGGCCCUUCGUCGGUAACUGUUUACGACGAUGUGGAGACCGAAUCGAAGACGUCCACCAUCGUGAGGGACGAGCCGCUGCCCCCGGCGUCGAUGAAGAUUAAGCGACUGGACUACUUCUACUCGAGCUGGUCGAAACAGUGGAAGUACAAGAACAUGAACUCACGAGUGACGGUCGAAACGCUCCCGAUUCUGGGCGGAGGGAGCAACGAUCCGUGGAAGGACUACAGCUUUGUCGUUGUGAGGACGAUCCCUCAGCAAGAGAACCAGAAACCGACCUUCAAGAUCGUUAUCAAAAGCGCGUAUCUUGCGAAAGCGCUGCGAGAUGUCAUUCAAACUUGGCCUGGUGUCUCUUGGAACGCCGAUCCUCUUGAGCUCGAGCCGGAGAUCUUCCUGACCUGGCUAUCCAGCCUCACGGCCUAUCGGGACAAGCUGUCCGCCACGAAGAGCUUGACUGAACAAGACUCGCAUGUCCUCUCCUCCGUCAACCUGCUUCUGUCGUUCCUCGCUCAGGACUACCGCACCACAAUCAGCACAAUCACGCGGCUGACUGCUCACGGCGAGAUUACCUGGGAUCUGCUGUACGCGAUUCUCGUGCCGCGGACACUCAUUGUUGGGCGGUGUGCUGUGACUGGGCACGAGCGGCUGUUCGUGCUCCAGAGCUUCCAGCGCACCGCGGUCGAAGGGGUGGCCGUCUUCCAGCUCUCGCUUGAGGCCGUCGACCUCGUCGACCGUCCUGCGACCCAGACGGUGGGCGUCGGGCGCGUCACCGCUGUCGCGCUGAUCCCGUUCUUCAAAGGCGCGAUGCGGAUCGACCAGCUGGAUGCGUUCCCGGUCCAGUUCCAUCCGAACGAGGCCCAGCUGCGCCAGCGGAUCGUCCAGCGCGGGAAGCGGUGGCUCGAGAUGGCGGGCAUCCAGCACAUGCAAUACGACGGGAUCGCCGCGUUCAGGAUGGGCCCCAAACUCGUGCGUCACGCUGUGCGUGGGCGGGUCAUGGUCGACCGCGAGACGUUCGCCAAGCUGAAUCCGAACUACUCGUUCCCGACUCCCGUCGAGCCAAAAUCGGAUGACGAUCGGAUAGUGGUUCCUGUUGAUAUAUAUGGCAACCCGCUGGUGCAGCCGCCACAGCAAGGACUACACGGAGAUGGCGCGCUUAUGCAUGCCCAGACGACGGAGAGCCUCGAGCUUUCGGAAGAGGAACUGUUGUUGACACCGACCGUGGUGUAUGGCUUUUCGCUCAAUGACAAGAUGUGGUUGGAAUUUGACAUCACCAAGGUGUCUGCGGUUCAGUGGAACUCAGAUGCAUUCGCGAACCUGGUCCUUCCCACCGACCGCAAGACUCUGCUCCAGUCUCUGGUCGAGGCCCACCACGACGAGGCCGGCUUCGACGAUUUUGUCAAAGGCAAGGGAGCAGGUCUCGUGGUGAACCUAUUCGGGCCUCCGGGUGUCGGCAAAACAUUUUCUGCAGAAGCUACGAGCGAACAUGUCAAACGCCCUCUUUACGUUAUCGGCGGAGGAGAUCUGGGCACGACGGCUUCCGCACUGGACCAUGCGCUGGAGAACGUGUUCAACGUCGCGACUGCCUGGAAAGCCAUCGUGCUGAUCGACGAGGCGGAUGUCUUCCUCGAACGGCGCUCGUUGCAUGAUCUGGAGCGCAACGCCAUGGUCGCUGUCUUUCUGCGCCAUGUCGAGUACUACCGAGGAAUCCUCUUCUUGACGACGAAUCGGGUGCAGGCUUUCGACGAGGCCUUCUUGUCACGAAUCCAUGUGGCCCUCCACUUCGGUCCUUUGAGCAAGUCGUCGCGAGCCGAGGUCUGGCGGGCAUUCAUCGCUCGAUCUGGUGCGGUCGGCAUCACGGACGACAAUGUCGACCGACUGGCCAAACGCGAGAUCAACGGACGUCAGAUCAAGAAUGCCGUAAGAACGGCGUGUUCGCUCGCCCGUGCCAGGAAACAAGAUGUUGGCUUCAGCCACUUUGUCGAAACGCUGGAUGCCAUGGACGAGUUUACGCAGCAGUUCGAGAGCAUGAAGACCAUCGGAGCCUGA